AUGCCGAGUCAUGGCGUCAUCACGACGGCCUGCGUUCCCGGGGAGAAGGGUGGCGGGCCUCCGGAGGAAACGGCUCUGUGUGUGUGCCUUCUCUCUCUGUCCCUCUGACCUAGCCUGGAGUGAGAGACUCUAUUGUACUGCUAAAUAGAAUCACCCCUUUAAUCAUUUGGAAAUCGUGCGAUGCAUAAAAGGCGUAAAUAGUGAGUGGCUGUGGUAAGGGCGAAUGAAUUAGAUUUCCGUAAUAUUUCAGAGCUGCUUAUUGCCAGAGUUGCCAAGAUCUGUCAAACUAAGCCGGGAGGUGGAAGUGCCUGGUUGAACAAGCCCUUCGUCCACAUUUUAAAGGGGAACUCCAUUGCUGUGUCUGAAAUGGCAUGCUAUUCUCUAUAGUGUACUACUUUUGACCAGGGCCACUAGUUGUGCCACUUUGGACGCAGCCCAUGUGAAAUACAAUUAUUAGGUGUUUUGGUCCCUGAACGACGACCCAUAUCAAGUGGACAAGACACUGCAGUGCCUGUCAAUCACACGUCUGUUAUGUCCCCAUGUGACUUAGCCUGGAGUCCAAACUGAAUGUCACUCUGUUUUACUAGCUUAUUAUUUCCUUCACUUCAAGAAUUCAGUCUAGAGCUGAUCCAAUAGAGGGGCUCUGGUCAGUCUAGAACAGGGGUUCUGAAAAAUGUUGGGUCUGGGGAGCCUUUUUUUUGCAGUUCCACACAUUUGGUCAUGGGGCAGAGAUAUUUUUUGUUGUUGCAGCUUUAAAGCUAAUAUCCUGUAAUUCUACACAUUUUGCCAUGAGGCAGGGUGUAAACUUUGCAGUUUUAAAGCUUAAAUUACUUUUAUUUUUUAAAACUAUAUUUUGGGGGAAAUACAAGGAGUAUUGAGUAGAUACCAAUAUCCCUGUGAGCCUCCCAGGCCCAUGUUACCCAAGGUUAGGACAUCAAUUGUAGAUGAAUAAUAUUCCAUUGUAUUGUAUUAGCUUACACCCUCUAAACUUAUUCCACGGAUCGCUUUGCCAAAAUGUCUUUCAUAUUUUGUUGCUAGUAAUAUUCCUUAAAAAAAAUUAAAAAAAACUCAUCCCAAACCAUCUCAAUUGGGUUGAGGUCAGGGGAUUGUGGAGCCCAUGUCAUCUGAUGCAGCACUCCAUCACUCUUCUUCUUGGUAAAAUAGCACUUACACAGCCUGGAGGUGUUGGGUCAUUGUCCUGUUGAAAAACAAAUGAUAGUCCCACUAAGCCCAAACCAGAUGGGAUGGCGUAUCGCUGCAGAAUGCUGUGGUAGCCAUGCUGGUUAAGUAUGCCUUGAAUUCUAAAUAAAUCACAGACAGUGUCACCAGCAAAGCACCCCCACACCAUAACACCUCCUACUCCAUGCUUUACGGUGGAAAAUACACAGAAGGAGAUCAUCUGUACACCCACACCGCGUCUCACAAAGACACAGCGGUUGGAACCAAAAAUCUCCAAUUUGGACUCCAGACCAAAGGACACAUUUCCACCUGUCUAAUGUCCAUUGCUUGUGUUUCUUGGCCCAAGCAGGUCUCUUCUUAUUAUUGGUGUCCUUUAGUAGUGCUUUCUUUGCAGCAAUUCGACCAUGAAGGCCUGAUUCACACAGUCUCCUCUGAACAGUUGAUGUUGAGAUGUGUCUGUUACUUGAACUCUGUGAAGCAUUUAUUUGGGCUGCAAUUUCUGAGGCUGGUAACUCUAAUGAACUUAUCCUCUGCAGCAGAGGUAACUCUGGGUCUUCCAUUCCUGUGGUGGUCCUCAUGAGAGCCAGUUUCAUCAUAGCGCUUAAUGGUUUUUGCGACUGCACUUGAAGAAACUUUCAAAGUUCUUGACAUUUUCCGUAUUGACUGAUCUUCAUGUCUUAAAGUAAUGAUGGACUGUCAUUUCUCUUUGUUUAUUUGAGCUGUGCUUGCCAUAAUAUGGACUUGGUCUUUUACCAAAUAGGGCUGUCUUCUGUAUACCCCCCUACCUUGUCACAACGCAACUGAUUGGCUCAAACACAUUUAAGAAGGAAAGAAAUUCCACAAAUUAACUUUUAAGAAGGCACAACUGUUAAUUGAAAUGCAUUCCAGGUGACUACCUCAUGAAGCUGGUUGAGAGAAUGACGAGUGUACAAAGCUGUCAUCAAGGCAAAGGGUGGCUAUUUGAAGAAUCUCAAAUAUAAAAUAUAUUUGGAUUUGUUUAACACUUUUUUGGUUAUUACCAAAUUCCAUAUGUGUUAUUUCAUAGUUUUGAUGUCUUCACUAUUAUUCUACAAUGUAGAAAAUAGUAAAAAUAAAGAAAAACCCUGGAAUGAGUAGGUGUCCAAACUUUUGACUUGUACUGUAUACAGUGCAUUCGGAAAGUAUUCAGACCCCUUCCCUUUUCCCACAUCUUGUUAUGUUACAGCCUUAUUCUAAAAUUGAUUAAAUAAAAAAAAUUCCUCAUCAAUCUAGACACAAUACCCCAUAAUGACAAAGUGAAAACAGGUUUUUAUGUUUGCAAAUGAAAAAAACAACUGAAAAGAAACUGAAAUACCUUAUUUACAUAAGUAUUCAGACCCUUUGCUAUGAGACUCAAAAUUGAGCUCUGGUGCAUCCUGUUUCCAUUGAUCAUCCUUGAGAUGUUUCUACAACUUGAUUGUAGUCCACCUGUGGUAAAUUCAAUUGAUUGGACAUGAUUUGGAAAGGCACACACCUGUCUAUCAGUUGACAGUGCAUAUCAGAGCAAAAACCAAGCAAUGAGGUCGAAGGAAUUGUCCGUAGAGCUCCGAGACAGGAUUGUGUCGAGGCACAGAUCUGCAGCAUUGAAGGUCCCCAAGAACACAGGGGCUUCCAUCAUUCUUAAAUGGAAGAAGUUUGGAACCACCAAGACUUUUCCUAGAGCUGGCCGCCCAGCCAAACUGAGCAAUCGGGGGAGAACAGCCUUGGUCAGGGAGGUGACCAAGAACCCGAUGGUCACUCUGAUAGAACUCCAGAGUUCCUCUGUGGAGAUGGGAGAACCUUCCAGAAGGACAACCAUCUCUGCAGGACUCCACCAAUCAGGCCUUUAUGGUAGAGUGGCCAGACGGAAGCCACUCCUCAGUAAAAGGUACAUGACAACCCGCUUGGAGUUUGCCAAAAGGCACCUAAAGGACUCUCAGACCAUGAGAAACCAAGAUUGAACUCUUUGACCUGAAUGCCAAGUGUCAAGUCUGGAGGAAACCUGGCACCAUCCCUACGGUGAAGGAUGGUUUUGGCAGCAUCAUGCUGUGGGGAUGUUUUUCAGCAGCAGGGAGUCUAGUCAGGAUAGAGGGAAAAAUCAACGGAGCAAAGUACAGAGAUCCUUAAUGAAAACCUGCUCCAGAGCGCUCUGGACCUCUGGGGCAAGGUUCACCUUUCAACAGGACAACAACCCUAAGCACACAGCCAAGACAACGCAGGAGUGCCUUCGGGACAAGUCUCUGAAUGUCCUUGAGUGGCCCAGCCAGAGCCCGGACUUGAACCCGAUCUAACAGCUCUGUAGAGACCUGAAAAUAGCUGUGCAGCGACGCUCCCCAUCCAACCUGACAGCUUGAGAGGAUCUGCAGUGAAGAUUGGGAUAAACUCCCCAAAUACAGCUGUGCCAAGCUUGUAGCGUCAUACCCAAGAAGACGCAAGGCUGUAAUCUCUGCCAAAGGUGCUUCAACAAAGUACUGAGUAAAGGGUCUGAAUACUUAUGUAAAUGUAUUAAUACAUUUGCAUAAAGAUCUAAAAACCUGUUUUUGCUUUGUCAUUAUGGGGUAUUGUGUGUAGAUUGAUGAGGAAAAUAAACAAUUUAAUCAAUUUUAGAACAAGGCUGCAACUUAACAAAAGGUGGAAAAAGUCAAGGGGUCUAAAUACUUUCCGAAUGUACUGAUCUGGCCGCAGACCCCCUGCAGUACCUUUGCAGACCCCCAGGUAUAGAAAGUAGCCGGUCCAAUUGGUGUCUAAGAAAUGAUGGUCUAGUUUAGCUUUGGUCAAAAGAUUGGGUCAAAAGAUUUGCAAGGUUGGGGUCAAUUCGAAUUGAGGUCACCCAAUUCAGGAAGUGAUUUGAAUGUAUAAUUCUAAAAUUGAAAAACGUUUGAAAUAAAUAGCUUCUCCUUUGCAGUUUAUUAUUUUAAAAAAUAUAUAGAUAUGGAGCGAACCGUGAGUGAAGCUGAGCAGAAAAUACAAUAAUAAUAAUUUUUGAUCUGCGUCUACAAAACGAGACAUUUUUCUGCUUUCUUUUUUUUCUGUGUGAAAAGCGCAGAAUUAUGCAUUAUUGCAACCUCUGUGAAUGUGAUCCAAUCGCUGACAAUUUGCAUGACAUCCCACAUUACAGACAUGGGCUGCAAACUGUUUCAAUGAAGGCAGGCCCAGAAGGAAAGGGAGAAGUGAAACUACAAUGAAACAGAGUUUUCCAUCAUGCUACAUGUGAAUCGCAUCCCAAUCAAUAAUGUAGUUAAUAAAAGUUUGCAGACCAAGACCAAAUGGAACAGCAAACUGAUGAAAUGGGCUUUCUAUUAGCCUGCCAUAAUAAUUGCUUGUGAGACAGGAUAUGGACUAAGCUACCCUGGGUAAAAUGCUUACAUCCUUAAUUUGCCUGAAGAAAAAUGAUACUCAGUCUAUUUGCAACUUCCUUUAGAAAACGGAGAGUAUGAUGAUGCUGUCUAGUUCUGCUCUCCCUAUGAUUUGCUUGUCUCUUCUCUGCUUAUUGACAUUCUGGUAACUGGUAUUAUUAAUGCAACAAGCUGGUAAUUAUAGUACUGAACCGACGGUUUCCCCUGAAACUUCACAUUUCUAGUUGUCUUUAAUUGCGUGUUUGAAACAUUUCUCUCCUUCUCUUUCUCAGGCUGGUGUCCUCCAUCCACGCCAUCAUGGCCACCACGGCGGGAGUCAUCGUUGUGUCGGCGUGCAGCGGUAACGUCAUGACUGACAGGUAGGACAGCCACUCACAGACAAGGGGACAAGCGCCUUAACCCGGGUAGCCCAAUCAGUGCAGCCGAAGAACUGUUUUCUUUCUGUUGGCAUAGUAUUUUUAACGAUACACGGCAAUGCUUCAUGCAAGCCGUUUUAGGACCACAAAAGCAGUGGUCCCUCCCUGUUAGUCUGUUGUCUUCCGUUUUGAUGCCUAAUGAACACAACCCUGACCUCCCUCGCUUGUCACCCGGCCACUUCCUCUUACCUAAUGACACGGUCUGAACCAAUCACCUCGGUUUCCCAAAGAGAGUAAAGUGGGCUUAAUUGCCGCAACCUAUCAGCUGCUGAGUGAACACACACAGUCUCUACCUUGACUUGAGGCAAACCCACUGCCACCUGCCCAAAGAUCCAUACCAACCCGGUUAGUGAGGGAAAGUACAGGGCACACCUGUCUGUCUAGCUAGCUGGACUGUGAUAGUAUCCAGUGUCCAGAUACAGGCUAGUGGCUAGCAUCCCAUUCCCAUGCCACAGCUGUUGACCCUGGGUCCUGUUCUUUAAGGACAGCCAGCUUACCCGUCGGUCUGUCAGCUCUAGCCCCAGUUGGACAGCUCUUCUUGGUCCCGUCCCAGACCCACGUCCCAUCCUUAUCCCCAGUCACCAUGGCCACCUGCUCAGUCAGUCCGGUACCAGGCCGCUGUGUGGUGUUAGCCUAGCACAGCUUAGCAUCCUUAUCACUUUGCUAGUAAUAUCCCUUUCCCUGUCCUCAGGCCAGUGCUGCUUGGCUAAUGCUAAUAGCAUCCCCUCCAGGGCAUAAAAUUAACAACCGCCACCCACCAAAUGCGGGUAGAUUUAGGUAUUGGCGGGUAAGAAUGUCUAUUUCACCAGCCACGUUGGCAGGUGGUCAAUUUGCAGGGCUCUACAGUGAGAGCAUUACGUUUGCGAAUAAAAAUAGUCAAAAGUCAAGUAUGAGCACAUUAGUAUUUCUGCUGUUUUGUUUUAUAGCUGCUAAUUGCACAAAUAAACAUAAAUCCUAUAUCCCACCUCGGGCAGAAACAUUGCCUGGCAGGGGAGCUGUGCGCAAUGAGUGAAGUGCUGAUAGAUUCAUUUUUGGAGGCGCUGCGCACAGGCAUAAAAGUUAGUCUAAUUUACUCAAAGUCUACAAAGUGAGACUGUCCUCAUGUUUCUUGGCCAUUUACAUAGUUUUUUUCACAAGCUUGGAUGUUUUUCAGCAUUAGUUUGAGUCUGCUGCUUCAACUGAUAGCGAAGAGACGCCCUAGUCAGAUCCCAAAUCUCACACACACAGACACGCAUGAGUGGUACCGUUACCAUGGUAACAUCCCGCCCUUAAAGGGGCAGCUUAAAAAUAAAUAUUUGAUAUUUUCAUUAAAAUUCUCAGGUCACAGAAAAAGUAUGGAAAUUGAGCAAUAUACCACAUCACUUCUUACUAAUACAUUUCUUGUUUUAGAAACAUUACGAAGCAUGGUCAUCUGUUUGUGUUUUUGAUGUUAUUAUGGCGCAAAAAUACUUUGGCUGGUAAAACAUCUCAGUGGCUUGUAGAUUUUUACCUGCCACAGUGGCUGGUUGACCAAAAAGUUAAUUUAGGCCCUGAUCCCCUCUAUCCCCAGUCAGAUGGCCACCUGCUCAGUCAGCCAGUAGGAGUCUUCUGUGUGGUUAACAGCAUAGCUUUAGCUUAGCAUCCCUAUCCUUGUCCUGGCCAGUGCUACCUGGCUGAUGCUAAUGCUAAUACUGUAAAUCUGUCAGAUGGCCAUAUGCUCAGUCUGCCAGUAGCAGGCUGCUGUGUGGGUUAGCCUAGCGUAACUUAGCCUAGUAUAACCUAGCGUAGCUUAGGAUCCUUAUCUCUAUCCCUGUAUCUCUAUCUUGUCUUGGCCAGUGCUGCUUGACUAAUACUAACGCUACUGCUAAUGCUAAUAGUCAGUGUAAUCCAGCCAGUCAGUUGCCAGGCCCGGGACGCCUCUGACCCUGGCCCAGCCUCAGUCAGUGCAAUGCCCUGGCUACCUUCUGACCUAACCCAGCAUCAGUGCUCUGCUAAUCCCCCCCAGGGCUUAAUACCCCCACAGCACAGUGCAGAGCAGGAGCGCACGAGUCACCACUCGCCAGCCUGUAACAUUGCAACACACACACACACACAGGCAUGUAGGUUAUAUACACAGCCACAGGGCAAGGAGGAUAAACUGUUUGUGUUAUCCUUGUCAUUUAGCUUAGGCAGACACACUCUUCUUCAACUGAGUGUACAGUAACUGACUGUAAGGUCAGGUGUAACCAAUAGACUCACUGCCGUCAUGGGCAGGACCAGCAGGGGGUUAGUGACAACAACUAAUGUGCUCUAAUCAACUGAGCUAAUUGGUCUAGGUGGGUGUGAGUGUGGGUGUGUGUGGGUGUGUGUGGGUGUGUGUGGGUGUGUGUGGGUGUGUGUGGGUGUGUGUGUGUGCCGGUGCGUGUCGUGUUUCAGCCGAUACAUUUCUACAUUCCCACAUUUAGCUAGAGUUAAUGUUAUAAAAUAAUUUUUGCCACAAACACUACACAGACACUUUUAUCCAAAGAAACUUACAGUACAGUGAAUGCACUGUAUAAAUAUGUUGUAUAUGUAUGUGAUCCCUGUGGGAAUUGAACCCACAACCUGUUUGCCCACUUGGCUACUCACUUCUCUUACCAACUGAACCACACAGGGACCAAGAGAGAAACUCACUAGCUUUACUACCCAAAAAAGCUGACACCGACAGCUUGCCCUAAGCACUUCCUGGUCUGUUGAGCCAUCAUGGCUGUCUGGUGACCUUGUAAUACAGGGUGAAGGUUGAAUCUAUUGAGGGGGUCAGAGGUCACCAGCGCUGUUCUGGCUGCUCAUGAUAAUGAACCAGUAGCAAUCUGCUUUUAUUAGGGGCAGUCUGCUCCUGUGCUGCUCACUCCCAAGCUCUUCAUUUCUUUAUUACAGUUGCACCAUAAGCUUAGCUGCCUGUAAAGCCCUGUUUCUGUGUACGUGAUCACGCCUGUCUGAGAGCGCAUGCUCGCUCAUGAGUUUCACCGAAAAAUCUGUAAUGCUGUAUCAACUCAACCACAGGAUGAAACUUCGUCCAGACUUCUCACUCCCCAUACACACGGAAAGAACUUGGGAAAUGGAAAGGCGAUACCUAGUCAGUUGCACAACUGAAUGCAUUCAACCGAAAUGUGUCUUCCGCAUUUAACCCAACCCCUCUGAAUCGGAGAGGUGCGGGGGGCUGCCUUAAUCGACGUCCACAUCAUCGGCACCCGGGGAGCAGUUGUUGUUGGGGGUUAACUGUAAGCUUGGGCGUUAUCCAGAUUUUCAUAUCGUCAUACCGUCCUUCUCUCAUCCCGGAAUUUACGGUAAUACUGGCAUAGCACACAAGGGGGCGCUAAAAAAGCAAAUUUAUCCCAUUGGGCCUCUAUUACCAGAAUGCUGAAGAAAAUUGCACAAACUAGUAGCGAAAUCACAUAGACGUUGUUAGCUAAAUGCUAACAAGCGAAAACAAACAAACUAAUUGCAAAGACAGGCAAAUCCAGCUCAUUAAGUUAUACAAGCGUAGCUACGAAUGUCAUUUUCGGUGAGUGUGGGCAUUUACAAGCUAAAGUAAAUGAGAAGUUGUGCUAAUGAAUAAAGUUGUGAUUGAUGCUUUUCUGAAGGAAGAGCAGCAUGUGUACAUGGAGCAGAGGGGAGAAGAAUGUAGGAGAAAACCCCCCCUGCUAGUACUAAGCACAGGAAAAAAAUGGCAACUGUACAGAACUCAUCCAGAGCUCUUUGACUUCUGGCAGGAAGCCGUUAUUAGAUAUCUAAUGGCAAACAUUUAGUAGUGAAUUGCAUACAAGUGUAACUUCAUCACCUUAUGUGUGCAGCAGAAUAGAGAUCGCCGGUAGAUAUAGAACGCUAUGGAUUUACCAGCUCCCACUUUCUCCUGUUGUGCUAUUUACAAACAAAUACGUGACUGGCUCAACUGUUCUGGGGAACUACGGUAAGCUUCAUAAUGUAAAAUAAACAGGUGAAAUUAAGAACGCAAUCUGCUUUAUCUCCUAACAUAUAGCACAAGUUGACUGCAGGUAUUAACUUAAAAAGUAGUUACAAAUAUUCUAAUCCUUCAAAUACAUAGUUUUGACAGUAUUGAAAAACCAUCCCAUGGCUUUUUCCAAAUACCCCUUUAUACGGUUUACCGCCCAAGCCUAGUUAACGAACUGCCUUGCUCAAGGGCAGAACUUUCCACCUUCCGGCUCGGGAAUCAAACCAGCGACCUUUCGGUCACUGGCCCAACACUCUUAACCGCUAGGCUACCUGGGGCCUGUUUUGGAGGAUACAACGUUACAGAACAUUCAGAUAGAAAUGUAUUGUGUUAUUAUUAAUAUUGUAUGCCAGAUCAGCGCUAUUCCUUCUAUUCUAUCCAUUUUACAAAACUCUGAACUUUUCACCUCACUGAACACACCCACACUAGGUCAUAAUCACUAGGAAUGUACGGAAGAAAACGGGCCAUAAUGUGGAGGGACAAUCUGAAGUCACUAAUGAACAUGACCUUGGGGUGUAUUCACUAGGAACCAAACACAAGCAAACAGCCAAAAUGGGGAGGGACUAACCUGAACUUGUCCAAUAAGAAACGUUUGUUUCCCUCCCUCUCGCUCAGGUACUGGCUGGCCACCUACUUUGUCAUCUGGUACGGCGUGCCCUACAUGACAUACGAUAUCUAUGCCAUGUACCUAAGCCACUACUACCGCUUCCGGGUCAAGGGCCACGAGGAGUACAAGGAGCACUCGCUGACCACGAUCAACUCGUUUGUCCGCCGCGAGUUCCUACUGGUGCUCCACCACAUCGCCCUGCUCACCAUCUUGCUGCCCGUCACCCUGGUCAGUAACACACACACACACACACACACACACACACACACACACACACACACACACAGACAGACAGACAGAGACUCUCUCUGGCCUCAGUCUCAUGCCUCUCUUGUCCCUGUCUCUGCCCAUCACCCUGGUCAGUAGCAACACACACACACAACCUUGGCCUGCGCCCAAAAUGGCAACACUACUUUUGACCAGGAAAAUGGGGAGGUUUUGAAUGCCCUGCUGAACAUUCUGCUGCCUGCCACUGAUGAGAGAGGAGGAGGAGGAGGAGGAGGAGGAGGAGGAGGGGGAGGGGAGGGGAGGUGAGGUGAUAAAGUGACAUGGGCCUUCUGACCAUUGUGCUGCUCAUCACUCUGGUGAGAGAGAACAGAGAGGGAGGGAGAGAGAGAGAGAGAGGGAGGGGGGGGGGGAGAGAGAGAGAGAGAGGGAGGGGGGGGAGAGAGGGAGGGGGGGGGGAGAGAGGGAGGGGGGGGAGAGAGAGGGAGGGGGGGGGAGAGAGAGAGAGGGAGGGGGAGGGGGGUUGAUAGAGAUGCCAUUCUGCUUCCUGACAUUGAUGAGAGGGAGGGAUGGAGGAAGGGGAAAAAGAGGGGAAAGAAAAAGGAUGAGUGGGGAGUGAAUGAUAAAGAGGGAGGGAGAGGCUAAGAGGGAAAGAGAGAGAUGACACUAACCCUAUUUGACAAGUGCUUUGACAAUGAUACAAGAGGUAGAUACUAGCUGAUAUUUUCCUCCUAUUAGUUUUCGGUCUUCGGUCUUCCCCUCGACUGCAUUUUCAGUCAAGAAUGCUAGCUAAUAGCAGCAUAACGACAAAUGAGUGUAUAAUACAGUAAUCGACAGCGAACCCACCUACACACACACACCACACACACACACACACACACACACACACACACACACACACAGGUCGUGUUAGCAUCUAUUUCUUGUAGCGAGGAGGCCAGGUGCAUUGGAAACCUGGCCCAUGUGUUUGCAGUGGCUGUCAAUGGUGAUAUGAGAUCACCUUACCCCACCCCUCCAUUAUUCAGGCUCCAGCUGCUGUAAUCCUCCCCUUCUCCUCCUCCUCCUCUUCCCUCGCUCCCUGAUUUGUUCCCCUCCCACACACUGACACAUAUUACACACACACACAGAGGCCUGGUCCAGCAGGAAGGUGCAGUGGGUAGGUAGGUGUAGUGUUACAUAGCAGCAGUGUGUGCUGCAGGUCAUUCUUCCAUUGGGCAGAUGGCAGAACUUGUGUCUGGCCCUCACACUCGCACGCUACUGGUUUAUUCAUCAUCACAUCACACGCACACACAUGCAUAUCUAAUACACACACACACACACACACAGAGAGCCCUCUCUGUUUGGCAUCCCUGUCUGCAGCUUCCAUCAAUACUCCUUACAUUUACUCAUAGUAAUCCAUUCUCUUCACUUACUGACUGGGCUCAUGGCACAAGUCUGGCUCGUAUUCAUUGAUGCACUCAACAGAAACCUUUUGCAACGAAAUACGAGUGUUUCUUAUUGGACCGUCCAGGUAGUUCCUCACGUUUUUGGGCCUGGUUUCUCUUCUCUGUUGGCCAAGUUGGUGUUAUUGAGCUGGGUCCUGACUCCUGUUUUUGUAUGUGCAGCCGUAGGGACAAUCCAUUCUCCUACAAGGCCUUUCUGUUCUAAAGUACUGGGGGUGGUUUUGGGUGUGUGUGACUGUCUGUGUGUGUGUGUGUGUGGUCUUGUAUCAGACUGUAGUAACUGUGUGUCAUCUCCCUCCCUGUGCCUCUUCAGUUCUUCAGGAAGGACCAGGGCGACUACUUCAUCGGCUGCCUGUUCCUCACAGAGCUCAGUACGCCCUUCGUCUCCUUAGGGAAGAUCCUCAUCCAGGUGACACACACACACACACCAAUAUCACCACCUAACAAUGUGUAUAUAUACACUAUAUAAACAAAAGUAUGUGGACAUAGAGAAACAUUGGCAGUAGAAUGACCUUACUGAAGAGCUCAGUGACUUUCAACGUGGCACCGUCAUAGGAUGCCACCUUUCCAACAAGUCAGUUUGUCAAAUUUCUGCUUUGCUAGAGCUGCCCCGGUCAACUGUAAGUGCUGUUAUUGUGAAGUGGAAAUGUCUAGGAGCAACAACGGCUCAGCCGCAAAGUGGUAGGCCACACAAGCUCACAGAACAGGACCACCAAGUGUUGAAGCGCGUAGCGCGUAAAGAUCGUCUGUCCUCGGUUGCAACACUCACUACCGACUUCCAAACUGCCUCUGGAAGCAACGUCAGCACAAUAACUGUUGAAGGGAGCUUCAUGAAAUGGGUUUCCAUAGCCGAGCAGCCGCACGCAAGCCUAAGAUCCCCAUGCGCAAUGCCAAGCGUCGGCUGGAGUGGUGUAAAGCUCACCGCCAUUGGACUCUGGAGCAGUGGAAACGUGUUUCCUGGAGUGAGGAAUCACGCUUCACCAUCUGGCAGUCCGAUGGAUGAAUCUGGGUUUGGCGGAUGCUAGGAGAAAACUACCUGCCCGAAUGCAUAGUGCCAACUGUGAAGUAAGCAUUUCGCUACACCUGCAAUAACAUCUGCUAAACACGUGUAUGUGACAAAUACAAUUUUAUUUUAUUUGAAGUUUGGUGGAGGAGGAAUAAUGUUCUGGGGCUGUUUUUCAUGGUUGGGGCUAGGCCACUUAGUUCCAGUGAAAGGAAAUCUUAACGCUAGAGCAUACAAUUACAUUGGAGAUGAUUCUGUGCUUCCAACUUUGUGGCAACAGUUUGCAGAAGGCCCUUUCCUGUUUCAGCAGGACAAUGCCACCAUGCACAAAAUGAGGCCCAUACAGAAAUGGUUUGUCGAGUUAGUUGUGGAAGAACUUGACUUGCCUGCACAGAGCCCUGACCUCAACCCCAUCAAACAUCUUUGGGAUGAAUUGGAACGCCGAAUGCGAGCCAGGCCUAAUCGCCCAACACCAGUGCCCGACCUCACUAAUGCUCUUGUGGCUGAACGGAAGCAAGUCCCCGCAGCAAUGUUCCAACAUCUAGUGGAAAGCCUUCCCAAAAGAGUGGAGGCUGUUAUAGCAGCAAAGGGGGGACCAACUCCUUAUUAAUGCCCAUGAUUUUGGAAUGAGAUGUUCGACAAGCAGGUGUCCAUAUACUUUUGGUUAUGUCGUGUAUGUACUUGUAUUCAUACAGCCACCUACUAAAUGCACACUCCUGGUGUAUGUGUGUAUCACAUAAAAGCAAAGAGCAGUGAGCAGGCAGCCCUCUUGGCCUCCAGCUCACUUUCUGCUGACAUUUGGCUCUUCAUUCAGGAGGGCCGCUCUCUGUCUUUACUCACAGCUCCCUCUGAUGGACUGAUUGGGUACUGCAGAGCCACUGUCACACCACACAACACCACAUAUGGACCCUGUUAGAAUGCCUCCUUCCCUUCCUGUAAUGGUGGAUCAACUGAUCUACCAUUAUGCUUGGGUACCACAUCAUAUCUUUCACCAGUUCAGUCGCGUUAGAUUAGUGAUUUCAUCAUGGAAAGGAGGAAGGAAGGAAGAAUGCAUUUUCAAAGUAUUUGAACAGGCCCAGGGAUUCCAGCCCACUUUAUGUUCUCCUCACUUAGAAUUUCAAGACUGUUUGAACAUAUAAUGACCUAUUUUCUCUCUCUUUGUCUCUUUUGAAUAUUUUCCCAACACAUCCCUCCCUCCCUUCUCUCCUCUUGUUUCUCACAGCUGGGUCUGCAGGACUGCUGGGUCCACAAGGCCAACGGGGGCAUGGUGCUGCUCAGCUUCUUCCUGUGUCGAAUCGCCCUCUUUCCCUACAUGUACUGGGUGUACGGCCGCCACUACGGUAUCCCCGUCUACGGUGUGCCGUUCCACCUGACACUGUCGGUCAACCUGGGUAACCUAUGCAUCCUGGCGCCGCAGGUCUACUGGUUCGUGCUGCUUUGCCGCAAGGGCUGGCGGCUCUACCAGCGCCAGCGUCGCUCCACCGCUGCUACCGGCAGCCAGGACUCCUCCCCCCUGCCCCCACCUAGCCCCUCCUCCCUCACGGACAACCAACCCAAGGGAGACCAUUAGAGCUGGAGAGCUCACUCCGUCACCAUUGCGCUCUCUCUGAUCUUUCUUGGUUCUCUCUACUCGAGUCACACAAAAACGAACCACCAUCGACUACUAUUUACUACUUACUACUACUACUACUGCAAAGGCACUACGGCUACUUACCACAGUCUCCCCAAAACAACUACUACUACUACUAUUACUACUUCUAUCGUUACUACUAUGAUUACACUAGUACUGCUCUUCCACCCCCAUGCCCAGUCCAAGCGCUACUGAUGAUUAUGAUGAUGAUUUUUGACUUCCCUCCUUAGAUCUUUUUUUGGGUUCCUACCCCCCACUCCCCCUCCUUGGAUUAUAGGGACUGGAUAGGGGUCAUAUUUGGAGUGCUACAGUGGAGUUUCCCUAAGAGAAUGGAACUCCUGUCUUUUUUCGUAGGGGGGGGGGGGUCAUGCUUCUUCCCCCAUAUCACGUGACCUGUGCAGUGUUGAGACACUCCCCCGGCCUCGCCCCCUGCCCCUCUCUAUUACUAGAUCUGCUGAUUGGAGGAUAUGUUACAGUGUAGAUUAAUGUUUCUGUAGAAUUUGUUGAUUUGUUCUGUUUGGUGUCAAUGAUUUUUAAGUGUGAAGUUUUGAAGAUCCUCAUUUUAUGAAGUGUUUGUCCACCCAUCCAGUCCUCAUCUUUAAAAGACCGCUGGAGGGAGAGGAGGAGAGGAGGAGAAGGGGGCUAGGAGGAGAGGAGGAGAAGGGGGCUAGGAGGAGAGGAGGAGAAGGGGGCUAG